AUGGGGGAGACGGCCCUUCACGUGGCAGCCAUGCACGGCAACAAGAAGGCGGUGACGGCGCUCCUUCAGGUGGCUCCGGAGCUCGUGAACAUUUCAAUCACGGGCAAGUUGUACGAAGGGGUAACUGCCCUUUACAUCGCUGUGGCAAAUGAGGACGUUAGUCUGGUGAAAGAACUGGUCUGCCGAGGAGCGGAUGUGGCUGCGUCUCAUGCAACUGGGGCCUUCUUCAGGCACAGUGGAGGGAGCGCCGUGUAUUAUGGGGAACACGUGUUGUCCUUUGCUGCCUGCGUUGGGAACGAGGAGAUAGUCCGAAUUUUGAUUGAAAGUGGAGCGGACAUUACAGCACAGGAUACCUUGGGUAACACUGUUCUACAUGUUCUGGUGCUGCAGCCAAGGAGCACCCUUGUCCCACAGAUGUAUGACUUAAUUCAGUCCUACGAUGAGCCAGAGAGUGAGACUGCAGUUGACACGAUCGUCAACAAAGAUGGUCUGUCCCCCUUCAAGCUCGCUGCAGUUAAAGGAAAUAUUCAGAUGUUCCAGCACCUGUUGAAGAAGAAGGAGCAGGAUGUCCCGACAGCCUAUGGCCCUCUCUGCAGCACAUACUACAACCUCUCUGAGAUCGACUCGUGGGGCGAUGACCACUCCGUGCUGCAGCUGGUGAUCUCCAGUGAAAACAAGGAGGCAUUGAAGAUUUUACGCCUUUCCCCAAUGAAAGAACUCAUCCACUUGAAGUGGAAUAACUAUGCGAUAUAUUAUUUCCGGAUCCUGGCUUUCCUCUAUCUUAUUUACAUCACCAUCUUCACGUUCUGCUGUGCUUAUCGGCCACUGAAGCCCAGGCCUGACAACGCGACCAAUGAGAAAGACUCCACGUUAUAUGUCGAGAGAACCCUGAAGGAAAGUUACCAGACCAGCGAAGACCACUUGCGAUUGCUGGGCGAGAUUAUCAGUGUGUUUGGAGCAGUUAUCAUCCUGCUGUUGGAGGUUCAUGAUAUAUUAAGAUAUGGACCAAAGAAAUACUUUGGAAGGACUGCGUUAGGUGGACCUUUUCAUGUCAUCAAUAUCUGCUAUGGAGUCAUGGUCUUGGCUGUGCUAGUGUUGCGACUGACAUCCACGCCUGGUGAGACGGUCCCUAUGUCCUUCGCCCUCAUCCUUGCCUGGUGUAACCUGAUGUACUUUGCUCGAGGCUUCCGUCUGAUGGGACCAUUCACCAUUAUGAUCCAAAAGAUAAUAUUUGAGAUUAUACUGCCAUUCCUGGUGCUGAUGCUCAUUGUGCUCCUCGCUUUCACAUUCAGUACCCAUCUCUCGUUCCAAGUCUUGGAUCCUGACAAGUGGGAAUACUUUGUGGAUUUCAGCACCGUUCUAUUCACCAUGUACCUCCUCUUUUUUGGGCUCGUCAACAUGCCACUCAAUUGGGAAGUGAUUCAGCCUGACAUGGCACAGUUCCUGUAUGCUGUGUACACCCUGCUUGCUUUUGCCAUCAUGGUUUUCCUUGUUAUCCACAUAAUGAGUGAACUGAUUCAACAGAUUGCAAAGGAGCAUGAAGGCAUUUGGAGAGCACAGGUUGUUGCAACAGUUCUCCUCCUUGAGCGUCGACUCCCAACCUGCUUGUUUCCUCGUUUGGGAAUUUGUGGAAAAAAGUACGGAUUCGGUGACAGUUGGUACAUGCGGGUGGAUAGCAGGAAUGAUAACGCUGUCUUGGAGAUCCCCUCCAACAGCAGAACUGUGGAGACGAAGGGGCGGAAGGAAAGGACGGAGAAAGAAGAGGCAUCGGUCAAAAACGAAAGCAAGCAGAAUGCUCGCCAGGGGUGGCACGUGGUGAGGCAGCGAAGGAUGGGCCAGAACCCCAGUGACCUGUACAAUGAGAGCUAUGAUGAGGCCGGUCUUAUUUAAUGUUCCCAGGAUAUUUACUGAGUAGUUUUCUACUUGCUUUUCUUCCUAUUGUGUACCAGCCCAGUCUCUAGUCAACUGGUUGGUGGGCUAAUUUACAAGCAAAGCAUUGGUGGUGGUGCUUCUGUAGAAUAUUCGGGUCAAUCUGACCUCACUGGAUGAAGAUGCUGGUCAUUUGGUUUAAUCUGUAAGCUUCUCAACAGUUUUAUGGCUAUGCAUCCCAUGAUUACCCAUGCUGUACCACUCGUUGAGAGUGACUAUCUCAAUUGUAUUGAAUCUCAAAUGUGUUUAAGAAGGGAGGGAGGCAAAAGGCAGGAAAUUAUUGGCCAGUUAGCCUGUCUUCAGUGGUUGGUAAGAUGUUAGAGUCCAUUAUUAAGGAUGAGGUUGCAGGGUAUUUGGAAGCACAUGAUAAAAUAGGCAAAGUCAGCAUGGUUUCCUUAAGGGGAGAUUCUGCCUGACAGAUCUGUUGGAAUUCUUUGAGGAAGUGACAGACAGGAUAGACAAAGGAGAGUCGGUGGAUGUUGUUUACUUGGAUUUUCAGAAGGCCUUUGUCAAGGUGCUGCACAUAAGGCUGCUAAACAAGAUUUGAGCCCAUGGUAUUACAGGAAAGGUACUAGCAUGGAUAGAAGAUUGGCUGACCGGCAGAAGGCAAAGAGUGGGGAUAAAGGGGGCCUUUUCUGGUUGGCUGCCCGUGACUGCUGUUGGCUGCUGUUCCGCAGGGGCCAGUCUUGGGUCCCCUACUUUUCACAUUAUAUCUGGAUAACAGAAUUUAUGACUUUGUGGCCAAGUUUGCAGAUGAUACAAAGAUAGGUAGAGGGGUGGGUAGUGUUGAAGAAGCAGGGAGUCUGCAGAAGAACUUGAA